AACGUUCGCGAGACCUAGUUUUCAAAAUUUCUUUUCUUUUCGAGAAAGAUUUUUUCGUAAGGUUUUAUCAGAGUGUCGCGAUAACAAAGGCGUAGACGCACGCGUGCGUGGUGGCAUAGCGUUUAUGGUGGCAACUGGCGUCGCGUCGCGUUUUAUCAGUCGACGCGAGUCGAACCGAGCUACGGUGUCCCAGAUUUUCAGUCGCACCAGUACACGCGACAGUGCAUAGCACGCAGCUGGCUGUCGAUCGACCGCCGAUCCUAGAUCGGUCCAUCCUCAGAACGGUUUCGCGGUUGAACGAGCGCGGAUCGAUCGAACCGGUAGCCACGUACACGACCAUGUUUCCGGAUACUUGGAACAGAUAGCCGCGAUUAUCUUUCUAUCAAGAUCAUCCGGGAUAACACCUGUCUAUUGGCUAGGAACGUGAUAUCGUUAAGUGGUGUCCUCUUCUGUGAUGUCGAUGAUCGUCGAACGUGCGAAAAGCGCGAAGGAACACGGAAACAGCGAGAUGUCGCCGGGCAUCGGAGUUUGUCGAACACAAUUUGACGUGUAUAUUUUGUAAGGAAACGAUCGUUGAAACGAACAGACGAGGGAAGAAAGAGAGAAGGAAACGAUCGAGCGGAGCGCAAGGUGCAACACGUGCUGCGCGACAGCUGUUUUCCGGUUCGGCUUCAGACGGUUUAAGGUUGUUUUUAAUUUCGCGGCUGAACGCGUUUCGGGAUACAACGAUGACGAGAAUAACGCCCACGAGGGCCUUUAUGCCAUUAAAAACUCUCGAAUAGGAGAGGGUAUUUUUCAUUUUUAUUCCACUUGAUGUUUAUAGUCGAAAGUUUUGGUAUUUUUGCAAGUAAAGGAAGGAGGGAAAGCGACGCUCUGAUCAGGUGAAAACAGAAAGGAUCCAGGUAUCAUCAUGGAGGACGAGGAUUUUGGUUUCACCAAGAGAAACGAUAAUAUUCUGAAGAACACCGACGAUUACGAUGCUAAGAAGAACGAUAAGGGUAGCAACCCUUCUAAUACCAAGACAGGAGAGACGGUUGGCGGACAUAGGCUGGUGAUGACAGCGCCGUUAUCCGGGGCGACAGGGGCCGGAAACACCGUCCCUGAGCGGCCAGCUAUCGCCUCUUCGUCCUCUCCGGCUUCCUCAGUCGUUUCCAACCCGCCGAACAUACCGAACGUGGUCGAGUAUCAUCUGAAAGUGAAGCCUGGACAAACGCAAAAGGUUUCCAGCCACGAUAACACUCCAGGAAGUCCAUCCGUAGAGGAGAUGAAGAAAGAAACGAAAAGUUGUACGCCCCCGAACGACAACAAGAAAGAUCUCGUGUCAAAGUUAUCUCGUCUAUCGAUCGACAACAACGUCUUCGAGGGUUCCACGGAUCUACCUCAGGUGUUUCAGGUGAAAUAUCUGGGCUCCCAUGACGCGAGGGGCCUGUGGGGCAUCAAGCACACCAGAAGACCCGUCGAUAACAUGGUGGCCGCUGCCAAGGCUUUACCAACCAACACGAUGCUCCCUCUGAUCAAGCUGAUCGUGUCUCCGGAAGGCGUUGCUCUGCUGCCAUUCGAGAAACGGAAACAGGAGCCGAACUUUGUCAGGAUGUACUCGAUCGAGACGAUCUCGUACGGUGUCCAGGACCUCGUCUACACCAGGGUUUUCUCCAUGAUCGUGGUGCGGGAAACGGAGAACUUUCGAAGAGUAUCACCGUUCGAGUGCCACGGUUUUGUAUGCGAGUCGAAGCAUCACGCUAGACAGUUAACUUACGCGUUGGCCGCGGCAUUCGAACUUUACUCGAGAACCGUCAGAGCUCAGGAUAAGAUGGCAGAGGUUGCAGGCAAGAACCCGAAGAAGAGAUUCGCCAUCGAUCUUAGAAGCCCCGAGGAAAUGGAGGCAGAUCUUGCCGCGGAUUCCGAGGCUUAGACAGCUCUUUUCCUCUUCUUCCUAUCUUUUUGUUGUCACGGCAAGGUUGAUGAGGAAAAGUGUCAGGCAAGAUUGUUGGAAUGCGAGGACAAUACAGGGUACGCAUCGCCUGCGAUGCUUAGUGUACAUAGAUUCUCUUCCCAGAGCAGGCAUGCAAACUCGUUUAAGAGGAAAGUAUUGAUUUUUCAUUUGCUGCUAAGAGAUUUGUUUUACGUAUAGAUUAGGUACACUUUCCAAUUGAAUAAACGUGAAAUGAUUUUAAGCGAUGAACGUUACGUUUCCAUAGGUAUUAUUUUGUAUUCGAUAGGCUCAGAAGAAAGAAACACUCUUUUCUUCCAUUAAAAUGUACUUAAGUUCAAGGUGCAGAUGUGUGUUUUAGGAUUCUUUGAAAGAACUGUUUACGAGCAGGAGUGUUGGUGUAAUUGUUGAUCGUUAAUUACUUUAUCGGCAUUUACGAACGGAGGAAUAGGUGCUGCCUAUCCACAACAUAAUGGCUAGUUAUCCAAAGAUACGAAAUAGAAGAAAAAAGAGGCCGAAGAUUACCGAUUUCAUUUCGGUGAUUUUUGCAAUUUCAUGAAAACUACGGAUGUCACUUGUUGAAUUAACGGAAAAGAGAAAAAAAAAAUAUAGAUUGGAUUUAAUUCUAGCCGCUUUUCGUGUGUUUGCGUGUGUGUUUUUCUUUUCGUCUUGCAGAUAUUUCUUGCAGUGUACAGUAAUUUUCAUCUGCAAAAUCUCUUCUUUUUGUUAUUAUUAUUUAAUUUAUUUCCGAUUUAGUAUUAAGUCACAGAACCAAUAUCGACACACAUAUCAGUUGUAAAUAAACGAUUAACGAAAGCGUUGCUAAUGA